AGACAUGCGCAGUACGAUAUUAACGACAUGUAGACAUGUUAUAGUAUUCGCACGUUGCAAAAUCAUAUACAUAAUAAUGGCUACUUUGGAAGCGUCAGAAACUGGAAGUCUGGACGUAUUUAUCGUAGAUGCGUUCACGGCAAAGCGGUUUGCGGGGAAUCCGGCUGCGGUAUGUCUUCUUGAAAAGGAUAUUCCUGACAUCGAAAGACAGAAGAUUGCAUCUGAAAUGAAUCUAUCAGAAACUGCUUAUAUCCAGAAAAUUUCUAGUAAUGGAGACUCAUUUAAAGAAAGCAGUUGGUUUAAUUUACGAUGGUUCACUCCGACCAACGAAGUUGUUCUCUGUGGUCACGCAACCUUGGCUUCGGCAGCUGUCCUGUUCCACUGUAAAGGUAACGUGAACACAACUUUACAUUUCAAAACGCUGAGUGGUACGUUACUUGCACGAAAAGAAGAUCAGGGUAUAGUUCUAGAUUUGCCAUUAUACGCAACUGUCGUUCAGGACGAAAAAGAAGUAUUGUCAGUUGUCAAGGCAACUGUCGGUUCUUUGCUGGUCAGUGAAAUUCAUUAUAAUCCUGACAUGAAAAAACUAUUAGUGAGACUGGAUAACACUGUUACCAGAAACGACCUAGAAAGUAUGAAGCGGCCUGACAGCAAUUCUUUACUGAAUAUUGAAGAUGGAAGUCACGUGCGUGGUGUCAUGGUAACGCUGCGGGGAACAAAACAAGGUGGAUGCGUAGAUGAUGAAGGUGAAGUGUACGACUUCAUAUCUCGCUACUUCGCUCCAUGGGCUGGAAUUUCAGAAGAUCCUGUGACAGGCUCCGCUCAUGCCGUUCUUGCUGGUUAUUGGUCUAACGUUUUAGAGAAGAAACAAUUAUACGCUCGCCAAUGUUCACCGCGUGGUGGCGAUCUACGUAUCGUCGUCCGAGAUGAUAACCGUGUUGAUAUCUGCGGACAAGCAGUUAUAGUCAUGAAAGCCCAACUUACUUUAUAACCGAUAGUGAAAAUAUACAGAUACACUCUUUUGUAGGACUUUUUCUUUGUGACCAGUCAAAGGCGAAGUGAAAUGCUAUCGUCCAUACAUCUUGCACAAUCUUGCCAAGACAAGAAUAUAACGGUUUCUAUUGCAUCGAUGAAAAAUUAGCGUGUCACAGCAUUAUAUAUAUUUUUUUAGUUUUAGAAAAUAUAAAAGAAAAAAGAAAACAUUUUCACAAACAUAGAAUUAAGAAAACAAUUUUAAUAAAAAAUUAAAAAAAUUAAAA